AUGAAGGCUCCGAUCCAGGCGGUGUCGAGAUGGGUGAAGAGGCAGCCUCCAAAGGUGAAGGCUUUCCUUGCUGUGGUCUCUGGCAUGGCGGCUCUCGUUCUGCUCAGAUUCAUCGUUCACGAUCACGACAAUCUCUUCGUCGCCGCCGAAGCUGUUCACUCCAUUGGGAUCUCUCUUCUUAUCUACAAACUCAUCAAAGAGAAAACCUGCGAGGGAUUGUCACUGAAAUCUCAGGAGCUAACGGCGAUAUUUCUAGGUGUAAGGCUGUAUUGCAGCUUUGUGAUGGAAUAUGACAUACACACAAUCCUGGAUUUGGCGACUUUGGGAACAACUCUGUGGGUUAUCUUUAUGAUCCGUUUUAAGCUAAGGCCUAGCUACAUGGACGACAAGGACAACGUUGCCCUCUAUUAUGUCCUGGUGCCCUGUGCUGUGUUGGCUGUAUUGAUUCAUCCAUCAACUUCACACAAUAUAUUGAACAGGAUAUCAUGGGCCUUCUGUGUUUACCUGGAAGCCGUUUCAGUGCUGCCACAGUUAAGAGUGAUGCAGAACACAAAGAUUGUGGAACCCUUCACGGCUCAUUAUGUUUUUGCACUUGGAGUAGCCAGAUUCCUUAGCUGUGCCCACUGGGUCUUACAGGUUGUGGACACGAGGGGACGCCUGCUUGUAGCACUGGGUUACGGACUAUGGCCGUCGAUGGUUCUCAUCUCAGAAAUCGUCCAAACAUUCAUCUUGGCAGAUUUCUGUUACUACUACGUUAUAAGUGUUUUUGGAGGCCAGCUUGCUCUUCGCCUUCCAUCUGGAGUUGUGUAA